AUGAUUCCACAUUUAUAUUCAUCAACAACUGAUAUGGAUUCCGAUGCAGUAGAUGCCCAAACAAUAAAAACAAAUUCAAAUAUUUAUUAUGCACUUAUAAAAAACGCAGACACAUCAGAACAUGAUUAUGGAAUACCAACAAACGCAUUACAAGGAGGCUUCUUCGCAAUACUUUUCAAAGUAACAGAAGGAACAACGAACAUGGAAAAAGUAUCAAUAACAAUGAAAACUCCAUCCCAAGAAAGUACUCCAAUAACACUUUAUCCAAAUUCACAUGGAAUUUUUAUUUCAAUUUCAUCUCCAGGAAACCUUCUUCUUUCAAAUACAAAUACUUCAACAAGUCAACAAUAUAAAGAGCUGAAGCUAAACAUCCCUUUCGAAUCAGGCAAUUCAAUUUACCUAUCUCUGGAUAUGUUCGAUCCUUCAAUAAUAAACAUUUAA